AUGUCAAACGACGACAACAAAUACAAAAACAAAUUACUCUCAAGGAUUCAAUUCGGUGGCCGCGUGUACAAAUUGCAGGAUGCAGACCUCGACAAUAUACAAUCGUUUGAUAGAGACAAAGAUAGAGAUAUAGAUACAGACUCGUUACAAGUGGAUGAGCAGACGCGGGAGAGACGGGCGAACAAAUUCGGUGCUGUUGAGAUGGACCGUGACGAUACAAAGACAGAGCAGGCUGGGAAACUGGAGCACCCUGAGCAAUUAGACGACUCACACGAUACUCACGAUCCAGACGCUAGACCAGAUGCCACCGUCAGACCUUAUUCUCUCUUCCUCAGCGGCGACAUCGUUGGUAAACUGUCGACUCAGCAAUUGCUAGCGUACGCAACUGAGUUCUGUGAACCUCCUCCAUAUGGUAUGGAAUGGAUUGAUGAUCACCGUUGUGUGUUUCUCUGGCACGAAUCACACGACUUCAGACAAGCUUGGAAGGGUUUGCUCCUUGAUCCUCCAGAAAGAGGUCUCCCCAGACACGGUCAGGAUGACUUCUUUAAUCUCCUCCCUGCUAGAAAUGUCCCCUCCACUCUCAGCAGAAUAGACCCCAUCGACGAUGCCGUACAGAUACGCAUUCGUCCGGCUACCACUGGUGACGUCAAGAAGAAAACUCAGUACAGAAAUUCAAGAUGGUAUGAUAAUCACGGUAGACGCGCUGGUAAAAUUGGUGAAUCGCCUCCACGAGUAGACUCAAGUAGACGCGAAAUGAGCCCGGAAAGAUGGGAAAACGAUAAAGCGGAUUUGGACGCAGAGUUGGAUGGCAUCAGCACAGGUCGGUAUCGCGACUAUUCGCCUCCACGCAGCAAGUCGAGUAGGUCAAGGGGAGGAGCGCGGGGUAGAGACAGGGGUAGAUCUGGUCGUGAUCGGGAAGCUAGACGACCACUCGCCAAUGCAGAUGAUCUUGAUAAAGAACUUGAAGACUACGUGUCUAAUAGGUGA